AUGGCCGGAGUGGCGGGGAGGCUGGCCCGGAACUGGUGUCGGAGCGCAGUCCUGAGUCCUCUGCAGGUCUUUAGUUUCCCAUCACUUCAGUUGCACUUGAGUGGAACAGCAAUGAGAGCCAGUCAGGACGACUUUGAAAAUGCAAUGAAUCAGGUAAAACUGUUGAAGAAGGAUCCAGGAAAUGAAGUGAAGCUAAAACUCUAUGCACUAUAUAAGCAGGCCACUGAAGGACCUUGCAAUAUGCCCAAACCAGGUGUGUUUGACUUUAUUAAUAAGGCUAAAUGGGAUGCAUGGAAUGCUCUAGGCAGUCUGCCCAAGGAAACGGCCAGGCAGAACUAUGUAGAUUUGGUAUCCAGUUUGAGUUCUUCAUCUGAGUCCUCUAGCCAAGGGAAGCCUGGAGCGGACAGGGAACAACAGGAAUAUGAAAACCUGGUGGUGACCUCUGAAGACGGCAUCACAAAAAUUAUGUUCAACCGGCCCACCAGAAAGAAUGCAAUCAGCACCCAGAUGUAUCAAGAAAUCAUGCUUGCACUUAAAGCUGCAAGCAAGGAUGACUCCACCAUAACUGUUGUAACAGGAAAUGGUGACUAUUACUCUAGUGGGAAUGAUCUGGCCAACUUCACCGAUAUUCCCCCUGGUGGAGUAGAGGAGAAAGCCAAACAAAGUGCUAUUAUGCUGAGGGAUUUUGUAGACACUUUUAUAGAUUUUCCCAAGCCUCUGAUUGCAGUUGUAAAUGGCCCAGCUGUGGGAAUCUCCGUCACCACCCUCGGGCUCUUUGAUGCUGUCUAUGCCUCUGACAAGGCAACAUUUCAUACUCCUUUUAGUCACUUAGGCCUAAGUCCAGAAGGAUGCGCCUCUUACACUUUCCCGAAGAUAAUGGGCCCAGCCAAGGCAACAGAGAUGCUUAUUUUUGGAAAGAAGUUAACAGCAAGAGAAGCAUGUGCUCAAGGACUUGUUACUGAAGUUUUUCCUGAUAGUACUUUUCAGAAAGAAGUUUGGACGAGGCUGAAAGCAUAUUCAAAGCUCCCCCAAAAUUCCAUGAGAAUUUCAAAACAGGUCAUCAGGAAAAUAGAGAAAGAAAAGCUACAUGCUGUUAAUGCUGAAGAAAGUAGUGUCCUCCAGAAAAGAUGGCUAUCAGACGAAUGUAUGAAUGCAACCAUGAACUUCUUAUCCAAAAGAUCAAAACUGUGA